AGGCGGGGGGCGCGGGGGCGACGGGUCGUGAGGCUUCUCUGCUCCCUGGCAAAGUUGGAAGAUCAAAGCCUUGUCUGAAAAGGAGGCUCAGAUGAGUCCCUGCUGACUUGAGAGAGAAAGAGAGACCACGCUGAUUGCUGAGAGGAACUGGAAGGAGAAAAAAAAAAUUCCUCAACUCAGCGAGAAGAACUCACUCGCCAUGAGCAGCGCUGUGUUGGUGCCUCGCCUCCCAGACCCCAGCAGCAGCUUCCGCGAGGAUGCCCCGCGGCCCCCAGUGCCGGGCGAAGAAGGGGAGACCCCACCGUGCCAGCCCGGGGUGGGAAAGGGCCCGGUCGCCAAACUCCUGCCUGUCUCCUCCAAUGCCAGGCGGAAUGAGGACGGGUUGGGGGAGCCGGAGGGGCGGGCGUCUCCGGAUUCCCCUCUGACCAGGUGGACCAAGUCCCUGCACUCCUUGCUGGGUGACCAAGACGGUGCUUAUCUCUUCCGGACUUUCCUGGAGAGGGAGAAAUGCGUGGAUACCUUAGACUUCUGGUUUGCCUGCAAUGGAUUCAGGCAGAUGAACCUGAAGGAUGCCAAAACUUUACGAGUAGCCAAAGCGAUCUACAAGAGGUACAUCGAGAACAACAGCAUUGUCUCCAAGCAGCUGAAACCUGCCACCAAGACCUACAUCAGAGAUGGCAUCAAGAAGCAGCAGAUCGAUUCUGUCAUGUUUGACCAGGCGCAGACUGAGAUCCAGGCGGUGAUGGAGGACAACGCCUACCAGAUGUUUCUGACUUCUGAUAUAUACCUCGAAUACGUGAGGAGUGGGGCUGAAAACCCAGCCUGCGUGAGCAGCGGGGGGCUGGGGAGCCUGAAGCUCGUGUGUGGCUACCUGCCCACGCUGAACGAGGAAGAGGAGUGGACUUGCGCCGACUUCAAGUGCAAACUCUCCCCCGCUGUGGUUGGCUUGUCCAGCAAAACUCUGAGGGCCACAGUCGGUGUGAGGUCCACAGAAACUGUCGAGAAUGGAUACAGGAGGAGCGAUCCGGUGAAUCCGUACCACGUGGGUUCCGGCUGCGUCUUCGCACCGGCCGCCAGCGCCAACGACAGCGAGGUAUCCAGCGACGCGCUGACCGAUGACUCCGUGUCCGUGACGGACGGCAGCGUAGAUGGGAUCCCUCCUUACCUCGGGGGGAGUAAGAAACAGCUCCAGAGAGAAAUGCAUCGCAGCGUGAAGGCCAAUGGCCAGGUGUGCCUACCUCAUUUCCCGAGAACCCACCGCCUGCCCAAGGAGAUGACCCCCGUGGAGCCCGCCGCCUUCGCGGCCGAGCUCAUCUCCCGGCUGGAGAAGCUGAAGCUGGAGCUGGAGACGCGGCACAGCCUAGAGGAGCGCCUGCAGCAGAUCCGAGAGGAUGAGGAGAAGGAGGGCUCCGAGCUGGCGCUGGGCGCCCGCGAAGCGGGGCCCGCCCAGCACCCCCUCUCCCUCCUGCCAUCGGGCAGCUACGAGGAGGACCCGCAGACCAUCCUGGACGACCACCUGUCCAGGGUCCUCAAGACCCCCGGCUGCCAGUCCCCGGGCGUGGGCCGCUACAGCCCCCGCGCGCGCUCCCCGGACCAGCAUCGCCGCCACCACCUCCUGCAGCACCGCGCGCCCCCGCCCCCCGGAGGCCCCGCCGCCGCCCCGGCCGGCUGCCCCCUCCUCGGGGCCCGGGGCUUCGUGAGCAGGCAGACGACGAAGCACGUCCACCACCACUACAUCCACCACCACGCCGGCCCCCGGACCCGGGAGGAGGUGGAGGCCGAGGCCGCCCCGCGCGCGCGCUGCCCCUGCCCCUGCCCCGUCCCCGUCCCCGGGGGCGCCGACUACCCCUGCUGCGCCAAGUGCAAGAGCCACCCCGGGGUGCCGGAGCCCGCGGCGGCCGCGCAGGCUGGCGGCCGCGGCCGAGGCGCCGUCCCACCCCGACGGAGCGGACGAGGCCCGGAGCCGGGCCCGGCCGGGCCAGCCCGGGAAGGAGGGGCCCCCGGCGGAGCGGGGCCGCUGCAGCCGCCCGGCGAGGAGGGAGACCGGGCGCAGGACGUGUGGCAGUGGGUGCUGGAGAGCGAGCGGCCGGGCAAGCCGCGCAGUGCCCAAAGCACCAAGCGGGCCUACCCCGUGGAGUGUGCCCGAGCGCCCCCAGCCGGCCGUCACCACCUGUGGGCGGGCAGCAGCGGGCACCCCCGCGCCGCCCCCCGCGCCCACCCGUCCACCCAGGACCCUGCGGUGCCUCCCCUGAGCCCACCCGACACCCUGGCGCAGCUGGAGGAGGCCUGCCGCCGGCUGGCGGAGGCGUCCAAGCCCCCGAAGCAGCGGUGCUGCACGGCCAGUCAGCAGAGGGACAGACACCACUCGGCCACUGGUCAGCCAGGAGCCAUGCCCGCCUCCAGCCCAAGCCUGGCUUUGGAAGAUCACAGAGAGCCAAAGAAGCUGGCAGGGGUGCACGCUCUCCAGGCCAGCGAGCUGGUGGUCACCUACUUUUUCUGCGGGGAAGAGAUCCCGUACCGGAGGAUGCUGAAGGCCCAGAGCCUGACCCUGGGCCACUUUAAAGAGCAGCUCAGCAAAAAGGGAAAUUAUAGGUAUUACUUCAAAAAAGCGAGCAACGAGUUCGCGUGCGGAGCCGUGUUUGAGGAGGUCUGGGACGACGACGUGGUGCUGCCCACGUACGAGGGCCGGAUCCUGGGGAAGGUGGAGAGGAUCGACUGAGCCUCGG